UUCAGGCACUCCUUUCUUUCUUUCUCUCUUUCUUUCUUUCUUUCUUUCUUUCACACUCUUUCUCCAAGGCUCUUCCUUUCAGGCACUCUUUCUUUCUUUCUUUCUUUCUUUCUUUUCUUUCUUUCUUUUUCUUUCUUCCUUUCUUUCUUUCUUUCUUUCUUUCUUUUCUCUUCUUUCUUUCUUUCACUCUUUUUUCUUUUUCUUCUGUCUUUCUUUCUUUCUUUCUUUCUUUCUUUUUUCUCUUUUUUUUCUUUCUUUCUUUCCUACUGUUUUUCACACUUUCUUUCUUUUCUCUUUCUUUCUUUUCUUUCUUUCACCUCUUUCUUCAAAGGCUCUUCCUUUUCAAGGCACUGUUUCUUUCUUUCUUUCUUUCUUUCUUUCUCUCUUCUUUUCUUUCUUUCUUUUCUUUCUUUCUUUCACUCUUUUUCAAAGGCUCUUCCUUUUUCAGGCACAGGUUCUCUUUCUUUUUUUCUUUCUUUCUUGUCUUUCUUUCUUUCUUUUUUUUUUCUUUUUCUUUCUUUCUUUUUUCUUUCUUUUCUUCUUAAGGCUCUUCCUUUCCAGGCACUGUUUCUUUCUUUCUUUCUUUCUUUCUUUCUUUCUUUUUUCUUUCUUUUCUUUUUCCUUUCUUUUUUCUUUCUUUCUCUUUUUUUUCUUUUCUUUCUUUUCUUUUCCCUUUCAGGCUCUUCUUUCUUUCUUCUUUCUUUCUUCUUUCUCUCUCUUUCUUUCUUUCUUUCUUUCACACUCUUUCUUCAAGGCUCUUCCUUUCAGGCACUCUUUCUUUCUUUCUCUCUUUCUCUCUUUCUUUCUUUCUUUCUUUCUUUCUUUCUUUCUUUCCUCUUCCUUUCAGGCCCUGUUUCUUUCUUUUCUUUCUUUUCUUUCUUUUCUUUCUUUUUCUUUCUUUCUUUCUUUCCUCUUUCUUCAAAGGCUCUUCCUUUCAAGGCCUCUUUCUUUCUUUCUUUCUUUCUUUCUUUCUUUCUUUCUUUCUUUCUUUCUUUUCACACUCUUUCUUCAAGGCUCUUCCUUUCAGAGCACUAUUUCUAUUUCUUCUCUUCCUUUUCUUUCUUUCUUUUUCUUUCUUUCUUUCUUUCUUUCUUUCUUUCUUUCUUUCUUUCCUUUCUUCAGGCUCUUUCCUUUCAGGCACUCUUUCUUUCUUUUCUUUCUUUCUUUCUUUUCUUUCUUUUCACACUCUUUCUUCAAGGCUCUUCCUUUCAGGCACUGUUUCUUUCUUUCUUUCUUUCUUUCUUUCUUUCUUUGCCAUUUCCCACAUAAUUCGUUUUCUUCUUUUUUUUCUUACCAAUUUUCUCAUGAUGCUUUCUUUUUUCUUUCUUUUUUCUUUCUUUUUUCUUUCUUUUUUCUUUCUUUGCUAGUUUCCUCAUAA